CCGCGGGGAGCGCGGCGCGGUCCGUCGGCCCGCGCAGGGAGGGGGCGGCCUCCCGGCAUCUUCGCGGCGACCAAGGACGAGCGGGCAAAGGGAACGACCGGGAUGGCGCGUCCGCGGCCCCGCGAGUACAAAGCGGGAGACCUGGUUUUCGCCAAGAUGAAGGGCUACCCGCACUGGCCCGCCCGGAUUGAUGAACUCCCAGAGGGAGCUGUGAAGCCUCCAGCCAACAAGUACCCUAUCUUCUUUUUUGGUACCCAUGAAACUGCAUUUCUAGGUCCUAAAGACCUUUUCCCAUAUAAGGAAUACAAAGACAAGUUUGGAAAGUCAAACAAACGGAAAGGAUUUAAUGAAGGAUUAUGGGAAAUUGAAAAUAACCCAGGAGUGAAAUUUACUGGGUACCAGACAAUUCAGCAACAGAGCUCUUCAGAAACUGAGGGAGAAGGUGGAAAUACAGCAGAUGCAAGCAGUGAAGAAGAAGGUGGUAGAGUAGAAGACGGAAAAGGCAAAAGGAAGAAUGAAAAGGGAGGCUCAAAACGGAAAAAGUCCUACACUUCAAAGAAGUCUUCUAAACAGUCCCGGAAAUCUCCAGGAGAUGAAGAUGAUAAAGACUGCAAAGAAGAGGAAAACAAAAGCAGCUCUGAGGGUGGAGAUGCCGGCAAUGACACAAGAAACACGACUUCAGACUUGCAGAAAGCCGGUGAAGGGACCUAACUACCAUAAUGAAUGCUGCAUAUUGAGAGAAACCACAAGAAGGUUAAAUGCUUGUCUAAUUCUUGGAUUUGAUAUGAACCAACACAUAGUCUUUGUUGUCAUUGACAGAGCCCCACCCCUUGUGUGUGUACAUUAUUCACGCUCCUCUCUGUUCUGUUGAAGGGGGAAAAAAAAAGACAUUUUGACCUUUUUUAAGGUUAUUGACUUAAUUUUAUGUUAUUUGAUUGCAUGAAGUUGCCCUUAACCACUGAAAAUUAUCAAGAUUUUUGCACAGACUUUUCCAUGUCUAGGCUCCUUUUCCAAGGCAGUUCUGGUCAUCAGCUUCCUGCCUUUAUCCCACCAUCAUCAAAUACUCAGUUAAAUAGUAAUUCAUAUUUUUUAGAUGAGUACUCAACAUAAUACUUAAGGAUGGGAUUUUCUUUCUAAUAGAACCCCCAAACCAACUCCUAGAUACAUAUUGUUGGUAUGCUGGAGGUAAAAUUAAAGUCAUCUUUCAACUUUAAGGCCAUGUGUAAAGUUUAACUGUAUUGUACAAUACCUGUCCUGUAUUAGAAAUAGCUAGUUGAAACUUACACUUCUCAAAACUCAUGUUGCUGUGUACACAAACUGAGUGUAUAUGUGAAUCUAGUGAGUCUUUUUGUGUUAUACCAAAAUAAAGGAAGGGUUUAUUUUUU